GUCUGUCAAAAGCAUCUCGGCUCAAGUUUGGAUUCUUCCCCCACGCUGAAAGAGCGAAGUCUACAUGACCCUGACUGCAAAUUCGGGGAGACGCACUGGCGAGCAGCACUGGACUUUGCCACGAAGGCAGGCUCAGAAAAUGUCGCGCCUUUACUCUCGACGCGAGAUCUGCGUGAGCGUAUGGAGAAAGGGGAGCGUGUGGUCAUUGUGGAUGUCCGUGGCUGUGAAGAGCAGGCAGUGUCGAUGAUACCCGGUGCGGUCACCAAGGAGUUUUUUGAAGCUGAAGUGCUGCCGCAGUUGAGGGCACAGACGUCCCAAGCUGCUCCGCUUGUGGUGCCCUACUGUACUGUUGGCUACCGAUCUGGCAUCUACGCGAAAGAACUCGUAGAGCAACACGGACUUCAGAAUGUUCGCAAUGGUGAGGGCGUGAUCAUGUGGACCUUUGAUGGGAACGGAUUAGUACAGCCACCUGCUGGUCCUUCUGGUUCUGCUGGGCCUGUGACUCGGUCAGAGGCGCUUGGACGCAGUGUUACCGACGAUUCAGUGGCUGAGCAGGCUGCCCUGCAAAAUGAAACGCGCCGUGUCCAUGUCUUUGGUAAGCCCUGGGACAUGGCAGCAGAAGGAUAUACCACAGAGUAUUUCACUCCAGCAGGAGGUGCUUUUCGCUUUGUGAAGCAGAAAUGUAGCAAGAGUGGCCCAAAAGCGUUCCCAUGGUUCACUGAAUUUUUGCUGUUUUACCUAUUCUUCACUCCAGCAUGUGGAGUCAUGUACAAUUGUGGCUGCCGCGUGGCUCUGUCGAAAUUUGGACAAGUGUCAAGCUGCAACAUCUACUGGCCGGACCAACCUUUGGAGCACAAGUGCCCCUGGUGCACAUGUCAAGGCGUUGUUUGUAUCUUUGUAGCUAGCGACACCAAGGCAUUUCGCGGGGUGACUUUGCUGGAUAUGCUUCCGGAUGGCUUCGUUGUGACUGUCUUAACAGUUUUAGUGUUGCACUUUCUCUUCAAAAAAAUUGAUCAAUGCCUACGACCUAGGAACUUCGGAGAUUCGUUCAUCGCAGCGGUGAAAACAGCAAUAGCUGUUUCAUGGUUCGUUGUGUAUUGCCUGGCUUUCGGCGCUUUGUUUUUUGCUGGCAAUACAUCAUACCCUCACUUCUUGGGAUAUUCAAGAGUGUAGGCACGAGCUGUCUGACAAAGUCAAAGCUCAAUUAGGAAAGGUUCCUUCGACACCAACGCGUUUGGC